UUCAAGAUCAACCAAGAUAAGCUUCAAAAGGCAGGCUUUAGCCAGGAAAGUGUUGUAAAAAAACGUUUUUGUUAAACCCUCUUAAUGGCUACACACUUCGCCGCCCGGCGAAGCCGGCCGUUCGGCUCUGUCUCCCGGUUGUCUCGAAGCUUCCGAUCAAAUGCUGCUCUUGAAGCCUUAGCCAAAGCGUCGGAAGCUAAAACUCCGAAUCUCAUUCUCUACAACUACCCCUCAUUCUCUGGAGCUUUCGCUGCUCUCUUCUCUCACUUCUUCCACGAUCGCCUUAACCUUCCUCACCUCGUCUUACCGUUCUCUUCCGUCGAACCUCUGAGAGCUGAAGAUUUGUGUAUUGAGGGCCUUGAGAAAUGUUACUUUCUCGAUUUCAUAGGCCCUAAAGGGCUUGCUUUGGAGCUUUCCAGACGAACCUCAUGCCAGGUCUUAGCUUUUGAUCACCGAAAAAGGGUGCUUUCCGGUGUCCCUUCGAAGGAGGAAUGUGGCGGGAAUCUCAUAUUUAAUGUCAAUCUAGAGAAGAGCAGCGCUUGUGCUGCGUAUGAUUAUUUCUCUUCUGAACUUCGAGAUAUCGGCUCUAGUGAUGUGGGUUAGGAAGGCUCCAUUUGCCUGCUAAACCCUGAAGUCCAAGAUGAAAUGGAAAAGCUCUUGAAAUACAUUGAGGAUGGAGAUCUUCGUAAUUGGGCCUUGCCAGAUAUUAGAGCAUUCAAUUUAGGACUCAGCGAAUGGCGUUCAAAAUUGAAUUGUAUCACCAACCCACACAUCUAAUGGAGAUGAGAGUUGAGGAUUUAAUUGGUAAAGGCAACUCUUAUAUAUCUAGUAGGCAGAGCGCUGCAAAUAAGUUGCUGGACAAGGUUUUCGAAAUUCAGUUGGGCAGGGGACUAUACGGCUCAUGUUUGGGAGUUAGAGCUGAUGGAAACUCAGAUCUAUGCGAUGAAAUUGGGAAAGGACUUAGUAGGAAGAGCGCUGCAGCUGGACUGAGGCCAAUAGGAGCUGUCAUCUAUAUGCAAAGGAAUAAUCUGAAAAUGUGUCUCAGAAGUACUGAUAUGAAUACUGAUACUUCUGAAGUUUCCAAGGCAUAUGGUGGAGGUGGCUCUCCAUGCUCAAGCUCCUUCAUAAUUAGGAUGGAUGAGUUAAAUCAUUGGCUUGCAGUGAACAAGAGGUUAGUUAACAAGGUUCAUACCUUUUUACUGCCCAUUUGCUUCUAAGUUCUAACCCUUUGCAUUUGAUAAAAAUGUGUAGGUAGGGGGGAAGUAACAGAAAUGAGAAGCGGGGUCUUUAAUUACAAAUGUAAAUAGUGUAUGUCAAUGAAGUCUAGGUUGAAGGAGUCUUCCAAGUUCCAAGUCUUUUGUUGAAGACGACGUACUUGAAAAAUCCAUCCUUUCUGGCUAUUCUCUCUAUUCUUGUUUGUGGUUAUCAUUAGAAUUUAGAAACACCCCUUGCAUUAUCCUAAGCCAGCAGCAUGCGAGCAUACACGUGUAGUGGCGGAGAAGAUGUGUGAUCUUUCAUAGUUUUAAUUCUUUGGAGUAAGAGAAUAUGAGAUGAUCCUUUAAUGGCAUAAAAGCAUUUACAAGAACUGAAUGCUUAUACUUUGGAAUCCGAUGUAUAGGCAUUCAGUUAUGAUCACACUCUCUUAUCUCACUUCUCACUAUCCUCUCCCUUUCAAUAAUUUAACUUGGGAUACUUUUUGGCAAACUACUAAAGAAUGUAAUAUCUUCUUGCUUCAUUUUAUUCCCGAAUAUGAUAUUUUCAAUCACAUU